AUGAGUGAGUCUCUCCUGGGCAUGCGGGGAGUCGCCUUUCGGCUCUCUCCGCGCAGUUAUCGCCGGCUAGUACCGAGGGUUCGUCUACACAGCAGAAUUGCCACAGCUGCUGUAGAACCGUCGACAACAAGCCACAACACCCAUCUUAGCUCGACAACUUACCCUCUUAACCCCUCGUCACCCUCCUCCGCAACCCCUUCCUCCAGAUGGACCGCUCUCCGAUCCGCAAGACCCUUCUCCGACUUCCUCACCGACACCUUCAACCGCCAACAUGACUACCUCCGCAUCAGCGUCACCGAACGCUGCAACCUGCGCUGUCUAUACUGCAUGCCUGAGGAAGGCGUCCCGCUCUCCCCGCCCGCGCACCUCCUUACCACCCCGGAAAUCGUGUACCUAUCCUCGCUGUUCGUCUCGCAGGGCGUGACCAAGAUCCGGCUGACGGGUGGCGAGCCGACGGUCCGCAAGGACAUCGUCCCGCUUAUGCGGUCAAUCGGCGAGCUGCGGCGGAAUGGACUGCGGGAGCUAUGUCUAACCACAAACGGGAUCUCGUUGCAUCGGAAGCUGGAGGAUAUGGUUGAGGCAGGCCUAACGGGUGUGAAUCUCAGUCUGGACACGCUGGAUCCGUUCCAGUUUCAGAUUAUGACGAGGAGGAAAGGGUUUGAGGCGGUGAUGAAGAGCAUCGAGCGCAUUCUGGAGCUGAAUCGAGCGGGGGCGGGGAUCACGUUGAAGAUCAACUGCGUGGUUAUGCGGGGGAUCAACGAUCGGGAGAUCCUUCCGUUUGUGGAGCUGGGGCGGGACAGUCCCAUCGAGGUGCGGUUCAUCGAGUACAUGCCCUUUGACGGGAAUAAGUGGAGCCAGGGCAAGAUGGUCUCGUACCAGGAGAUGCUGGCGGUGAUUCAGGAGAAGUACCCGUCUCUGGAGAAGGUGGUCGGGCACAAGAACGAUACCAGCAAGACGUAUCGGAUCCCGGGCUUCCAAGGACGGGUUGGGUUUAUCACGAGUAUGACGCAUAAUUUCUGCGGCACAUGCAAUCGGCUGCGCAUCACCGGCGACGGGAACCUGAAAGUCUGUCUGUUCGGCAAUACGGAGGUGUCGCUGCGUGAUAUCAUUCGGAAGGAGAAUGAUGGCCAGCCGAUUGAUGAAACCACACUAAAAGAACUUCGGCUUCUUGAGUCUGCGGAAGCAGCCGCUCGCAUUCAGGACGAGGGUGGCGAGGUCAAUCAGAGAGAGCGAGAGCUCCUUGAUCUGAUCGGGAUGGCGGUUAAGCGCAAAAAGGCCAAACACGCCGGCAUGGGCGAAUUGAAGAAUAUGAAGAAUCGGCCGAUGAUACUUAUUGAUAGUACGACAUUGACAUCCAGAAUACCUCCAGCCAAUAUCCCCCUUCAUCUUCUGCAUCCUUCGCCGUUUAAACUCCAAGCUCGUCACUAUCACCACAAGCGUAGCAACCCUCCCGACUCCCGUCCAGAACACAAACCAGAAACAGAAACAGCUCCAUCAUCAUCACCAUCCCUCCCAACAACCUCCGACCCCGACCUCCCCCACCUCACCCCUUCCCAAACCGUGCACAUGACCCAAAUCACCGAGAAACCAAUCACAGCCCGAUCCGCAACAGCAAGCUGUCUCGUCCACUUCUCCAACGCACGACCACACGAGCUGCUGCGCAAGGGCCUCACCAAGAAAGGCGACGUGUUCAGCGUCGCCCGCAUCGCGGGGAUCAUGGCCGCCAAGAAAACACCGGACCUGAUCCCGCUGUGCCAUCCGAGUAUUGGGAUUACAGGCGUGGAGGUAGACGCCAAACUGGUUGACCCUGCAUCGCUAGAUCCAAGCUCGGGGAUGCGCUAUGGGGCGAUGCGGGUGGUGGCGACGGUUAGUUGUGCGGGCCGGACUGGGGUGGAAAUGGAGGCGAUGACGGCGACGGUGGGGGCUGCGUUGACGGUGUAUGAUAUGUUGAAGGCUGUGGAUAAGGGGAUGGUGAUUGGCGAGGUGCAGUUGUUGGAGAAGAAGGGGGGGAAGAGCGGGCAUUGGGUGAGGGAGGAGCAGGUUGAGGUAGAGCCUUGA